AUGUCUGAGGAGAGCCGACCUUUCAUCUCACAUGGCUCGAGGUCGCUAACAGAGAAAUCGGAGGAGUCGUCCGAGAAUUUGGUGAUUGGAUUCUACCAACGCAAGUCUCUGCGAAUUCUGCGCAUUACUUGUGUUCUGGAAUCAAUUGCUCUCAUUCUGCUGACAGCUGGACUCAUUCUUGCUUUUCAAAUGAGGUACUCAGAGUCAGAUUCAGAUCUUGAAUGCGCCCGAAAAGUAUCAGCAUACUCCCCUCUUCUUGGAGAACCUGACUUGAUCAAGUAUUCCGAGUACGACCUUCCACUAUACUUCAACGAGAAAACAGACUACCGUGGCCCCCCAACCCCCGAGAGGGAGGUAAUGUGGGAGAAACUGUGGCACCAGGGCGCAUUCGAGGUUCCUGAAGACAAGUUGGGCGUCAUGAACAAAUCACAUUCAGGCAGAACAUACAAACAUGUUCCACCGGAGGUGGGAACCGGAUAUGCGGCUCAGUUGGAAGUCCUUCAUCAGCUGCAUUGUGUGCACAUGCUCCGACAAUGGUCCUACAAAGAGCACUGGCUUGACCAAGGACUUGACUUACCGGGAAGUCUUUAUGGAGACCCCAAGCUCACGAGGAUGCAUCUAGAUCAUUGCAUCGAGGUUUUACGAGCAAACAUUAUGUGUACGUCUGAUGUGACGCCGAUUCUUAUAGAAUUAGAUCCAAAUGCGCCGUUCGGAGAGCGUGCCGAUUUCCGUUCAAAUCAUAAAUGCCGCAAUUUCUGGGAGAUUCGUCAAUGGGUUAUUGACCAUACUGCUAUUCCUUAA